UAGCCCUAACUACUCUCUCUCUCUCUCUCACUCUCACUCCCCACUUUCCAUCUGGUUCCCUCUGGAUUCAACUAAUGCUAAUGAUCCCUCCGUUCAUCACCUAUUUCUACUUGAUCACAAAGUAAUGUAGCUUAUUCCCCUUCCAAAUUUGGUUGCUUGAGAUGCUGUUUUUAUCUUUCAUGUUGGAAACGAGGCUUUUCGGUUGAUUCCUUUCUUGGGUCACUCUGAGGGUUAAGAUCUCGUCUUUUGCUCCGAUUUGAUGAUUUGAUCCGGUUUUUGCUUUCACACCUCUCAAAUACUAUCUGAGUGACUGUAGUUGGCACUGGAUCAGCAAAAAUGGUGGCUAUGGAGUUUGGGUAUAAAAUUCUAAUGCUGUUUAGCAUUUUGGUUUUGGGAAAGGCGGAGGUUUACAUAGUAAGGGUGGAAGGAGAGCCAGUGAUAAGUUACAAAGGUGGUGUUGAUGGCUUUGAAGCCACUGUUGUGGAGUCUGACGAGAAAAUGGAUGUUAACAGUGAAAAAGUGACAUCUUACUCUCGUCACUUGGAAGAGAAACAUGAUAUGCUUUUGGGGAUGCUGUUUGUUCGCGGGACCUACAAGAAACUCUAUAGCUAUCGGCAUCUAAUUAAUGGAUUUGCUGUUCACAUUUCUCCUGAACAGGCUGAAAUUCUUGGAAGAGCCCCUGGUGUUAAAUCAGUGGAGAGGGAUUGGAAGGUGAGGAGACUUACGACACACACCCCACAAUUUUUGGGGCUUCCAACUGGAGUAUGGCCAACAGGAGGUGGCUUUGACAAAGCUGGAGAGAACAUUGUAAUAGGAUUUGUGGACUCGGGGAUUUACCCCCACCAUCCAAGCUUCGCAACCUACGAGGAACCAUAUGGGCCUCUUCCAAAAUAUAAAGGAAAAUGUGAAGUGGAUCCUAACACCAAAAGGAGCUUCUGUAAUGGGAAGAUUAUUGGAGCCCAACAUUUUGCAGAAGCUGCAAUUGCAGCUGGGGUAUUUAAUCCUGAGAUUGAUUUUGCUUCUCCCCUAGAUGGCGAUGGACAUGGAAGUCAUACAGCAGCUAUUGCAGCUGGUAAUAAUGGGAUUCCUGUGAGAAUGCAUGGACAUGAAUUUGGGAAAGCUAGUGGAAUGGCUCCUCGUGCGAGAGUUGCUGUGUACAAGGCACUUUACAGGCUUUUUGGAGGUUUUGUUGCAGAUGUGGUUGCUGCUAUUGAACAGGCUGUUCAUGAUGGUGUGGAUAUUCUCAAUCUCUCAAUGAGCCCCAACAGUCCUCCGGCGACCACGAAAACUACAUUUUUAAAUCCUUUUGAUGCUACACUUCUUUCUGCUGUGAAAGCUGGAGUGUUUGUUGCACAGGCAGCUGGAAAUGGAGGGCCUUUUCCCAAAACUUUGUUGUCCUAUAGUCCAUGGAUGGCAUCUGUAGCUGCUGCAAUUGACGAUCGCCAAUACAAAAACCAUCUUACUCUUGGAAAUGGGAAAAUCUUGCCUGGAAUGGGUUUGUCACCUGCUACACAUGCAAAUCGAACAUUCACAAUGGUUGCAGCCAAUGAUGUUUUGUUGGAUUCUUCAGUAAUGAAGUACAGCCCUUCGGAUUGCCAGAGGCCAGAAGUUUUACACAAAAACUUGGUGGAAGGAAAUAUUCUUCUUUGUGGCUAUUCUUUUAACUUUGUUGUUGGUACUGCAUCAAUCAAGAAAGUCUCAGAAACUGCCAAGAGCCUUGGUGCAAUAGGUUUUGUUCUUGCUGUAGAAAACGUUUCUCCGGGAGCAAAAUUUGAUCCGGUUCCUGUUGGAGUUCCUGGGAUUGUCAUCACAGACGUUAGCAAGUCAAUGGAGCUUAUAGAUUAUUACAAGAUAUCCACAGCAAGGGAUUGGACUGGUCGUGUGAAGAGCUUCAAAGCAACAGGCAGCAUUGGGGAUGGACUCAUCCCCAUACUACACAAAUCAGCACCGCAAGUAGCUUUGUUUUCUGCUCGAGGUCCCAACAUAAAGGAUUACAGUUUUCAGGAUGCGGAUCUACUGAAACCAGACAUUCUAGCUCCUGGUUCUCUAAUUUGGGCUGCAUGGGCUCUGAAUGGAACAGACGAGCCUAAUUACCUUGGAGAAGGGUUUGCUAUGAUAUCUGGGACUAGCAUGGCUGCGCCUCAUAUAGCAGGAAUAGCAGCCCUUAUAAAGCAGAAGCAUCCUCAUUGGAGCCCAGCGGCGAUUAAAUCAGCCUUAAUGACAACAUCAACAACACUGGACAGAGCAGAGAGACCCAUUCAAGCUCAAGUGUAUUCAGGUUCCGAAACCGUGACACUGGUCCCAGCUACACCUUUUGAUUAUGGAAGUGGCCAUGUUAAUCCCAGAGCCGCUCUAAAUCCUGGCCUCAUCUUUGAUGCAGGUUAUGAGGAUUAUCUGGGCUUCUUGUGCACCAUACCCGGAAUCGACGCUCAAGAGAUCAAGAAUUACACGAAUUCACAAUGCAACUACACUCUAGGCCACCCCUCAAACCUCAACACCCCAUCCAUCACUAUUUCCCACCUUGUGGGCACUCAGACCGUGACACGCACGGUGACAAAUGUCGCUGCUGAAGAAACCUACGUCAUCACAGCAAGAAUGGCACCAGCUGUCGCCAUUGAAACCAACCCCCCGGCUAUGACUCUGAGGCCGUCUGCGUCAAGGAAAUUCACCGUGACUCUCACGGUCCGAUCGGUGACUGGAUCGUAUAGUUUUGGAGAGGUUUUGAUGAAAGGGAGCAGAGGGCACAGAGUCAGGAUACCGGUGGUGGCUAUGGGUUACGACCGGUAGAUCUGCGUUUUUCCGUUCUUGGUAGAUCUGGGUUUUUCUAUGAUAAUGAUAUUCUUUCUAAUAUCUGGGAAUAAGAUAUAGGGAGCUAGAGGUAUUUGGUCUGAAGCAUUUAUGUAUAUGUAGAGUUGUAAAGAGAUAUAUAUAUAUAUGUGUAUACGGGGGGAGACUCCUGGUUUCUUCCACAAACGCUAAGUUUUGUUGUAUAAUGUGGUGAAAUGCCCUUGUAUUCACUUCCCUUCUCACAGUGCAUGAAUUCGCUUUGGUUCUUGAGUAAUUUUGAUGUAGGGAGAAAGGGGAGGGUUAACAAUGGUUUUCAUCUCGCUUUACUGUUGUAUUAUUGACUCGUCUUUCUUAUGAAGAUAAAUCAUAUAUUGGUUUGCCACA